GCUUUUAUAUGAUGUCAUAAGGCCGUUGACAUCAUGGGGCGCUCGUGAAAGGCAUCCUGACGAGGAAUCUUCGAAAAAAGAAAUCAAAGAGCAGAGGCCAACAUGGCACUGUUUUCAAGACUCUGGUUCGGCCUCACCCAGCUGUCGGCAGCGCAGCAUCGCUCAUUCAGUGUAUCGACAGCAGCGUCUGCCAUCUAUAAGAUGACCCGGGUGAGAGUGGUUGACAACAGUUCGCUGGGGAACACGCCGUAUCACCGCGUCCCUCGCGUCAUCCAUGUCUACAACAAGUCAGGCAUCGGCAAAGUGGGCAACAAGGUCCUGCUGGCCAUCAAAGGACAGAAGAAGAAAGCGCUCAUCGUUGGACACAGAAUGCCUGGGGACCGCAUGACCCCACGGUUCGACUCCAACAACGUGGUCCUGAUAGAGGACAACGGAAACCCGACGGGGACGAGGAUCAAAGUGCCUGUGCCUUCACACCUGCGCAAGUUGGAAGGAGAAUACUCCAAAGUGCUGGCUAUUGCACUCCGGUUCGUGUAG